AAUUUAUUGUUUUCACAGAUGGAAUACACAGAAAAAGUGACAGAAGAAAAUCUCACUGUCAUAGUGGAAUUUAUUCUUCUGGGAUUUUCUGACCUCCCACAUCUCCAAGGGUUUCUAUUUGGAAUUUUUUUAAUCAUCUAUAUGACUAUCCUCAUAGGAAAUGGUCUCAUCAUUGUCAUUACCAAAGUUGCUCCAACUCUCCAAACUCCCAUGUACUUUUUCUUGGGUAACUUUUCCUUCCUGGAAAUCUGUUAUACAUCAGUAACUCUCCCCAGAAUGCUAACACACCUUUGGACACAGAACAGGGCAAUUUCUUUGAUAGCCUGUGCCAUACAACUUUCAUUAUUUCUUAUUUUGGGAGUCACUGAAAGUUUCCUUCUGGCUGUGAUGGCCUAUGAUCGCUAUGUGGCCAUUUGUAAGCCUCUGUACUAUCCUCUUAUUAUGAACCACAAAGUUUGUGUCCAAUUGGUGAUUGUUUCCUGGAUGACUGGGAUUCCUAUUCAAUUAAUACAGACAUAUAAGGUAAUUUCUCUUCCCUUCUGCUUUAAUGAACUCAAUCAUGUUUUCUGUGAUGUUCCUCCACUGCUAAAGUUAGCUUGUGGAAAUACCUCCAUGCAAGAGUUCUCUGUCUAUGCUGUUGCUGUGCUAUUUGGGUUAGUUCCCUUUCUCAUAAUUGUUGGAUUCUAUUUCAAAAUUAUCACCACUAUUCUGAAGCUACCAUUGGUUACAGGAAGACAAAAGGCCUUUUCUACUUGUUCUUCUCAUCUCAUAGUGGUGAGUUUAUUCUAUGGAUCCGGUAUUAUUACAUAUUUCACACCCAAGUCAAGUCAAUCAGGGAUAGAAAAAGUUCUCUCUCUCUUCUACACCAUUGUGACCCCUAUGUUUAACCCCAUGAUAUACAGCCUAAAAAACAAAGAUGUUAUUGCUGCAUUAAAGAAAUUACUAAUCAAAAUAUUAGCCUAA